AUGAUGGUCAUUAUCUUUGCACUAUACUUUCGGAAAAUAAAGUUAUUUGGCUACCGGGUUUUUUUAAUUUAUGCGGUUCCUCUUGGUCUAGGAAUCACAUGGGCUGUUGCUUUCGCUUUGACAGCAAGUGGAGUUUACAGCUACAAAGACACUUCACAUGCCUUGAGAGUUUCUCCUUGGUUCAGAUUUCCGUAUCCGUUGCAAUGGGGCACUCCAGUUUUCAAUUGGAAAAUGGGCCUUGUGAUGUGUCUUGUAUCAGUUAUUGCAUCAGUUGAUUCUGUUGGUUCCUACCAUGCGUCAUCUUUGUUUGUGGCCACAAGACCACCAACAGUUGGAAUUGUUAGCAGGGGUAUAGGCGUUGAGGGUAUCUCCACAGUCUUGGCUGGCCUGUGGGGAACAGGAGUUGGAUCAGCAACAAUAACAGAAAAUGUACACACGAUCGCUGUGACUAAAAUGGGUAGCCGCAAGGCAGUUGGAUUUGGUGCUAUUGUACUUAUACUUCUCUCUGUUGUUGGAAAAGUUGGUGGUUUCAUUGCUUCCAUCCCUGAUGUUAUGGUUGCUGCUCUCCUUUGUUUCAUGUGGGCCAUGCUCUGUGCUCUUGGCUUGUCCAAUCUUCGUUAUGGUGCCACAGGAAGCUCGAGAAACAGUAUUGUAGUUGGGCUAGCAUUGUUUUUAUCCCUAUCAGUUCCUUCAUACUUCCAACAGUACGGAUUACUUCCGAACACAAACUCAUCAGUUCCAACCUACUUUCAGCCAUAUAAUGUUGCAUCACAUGGGCCUGUAGACACUGGAUUUGUUGGGGUAAACUACGUCCUCAAUACGGUACUGUCACUCAAUAUGGUGAUUGCAUUUCUGGUUGCUGUCAUACUCGACAAUACAGUCCCUGGUGGGCGCCAAGAGCGGGGCUUGUAUGUAUGGUCAGAAGCAGAGGAGGCGACAAGAGAACCAUCCUUCUUGAAAGACUAUGAACUUCCUUUCAAGAUAGGGCGGGCGUUCAGGUGGGUCAAAUGCAUGGGCCUAUAG